GCGCGCAUGCCGGGGCGGGGCGCCCAGCGGACCAGGGACGGCGCGGAGUCGGGUCCGCCCUGCCAGCGCGGGCGGGAGCACCGGGUGGUCUGCGCGGCGCGAGCCGGAGCUACGAGGAGCCGGCGCGGAACCAGACACCUGUGUUGAACUCAAACAUGGCUGUGAGGGUAGAUGGUCAGUCCUAAAGACCCAGCCUGGCCUCACCUGCUUCAGAGGGACUCCAGCCCCCUGUUAUCCCUCUGCUCCCCACAGGAUGGGAGCCUGGGCACUGGAGGCCCGGUCAUGAGGGACCGCUGCUCCUCUCCAAAGGCCAUUCCUGCACCCCCAAGGCAUAUCCUGGACCAAAGCCUAGGCAUGGACUCCAGACACAGCAGCUCGAGUGGGGCUGGGGAAGGGGCCUCCUGUUCUGAGAAGCCUGUUGGGAGCUUAGCCUGCAGCCCUGUCCCAGAGACAGUGAGGGCACAUGGAGCCUUGACCUCAGAAGCCCCUGAAACGACUUUGUUUGGGAAACCGGAGCCCAUGUCCUCAGUAGAAGCUCCCUCAGCCGCAGAGGUCAGAAAUCCUUCGUCCUUGGAGAAAAUGGAUUCCAACUCCUUGAAGCAGGAAGAUUCUACUUCCUCAAGAAAAGAAGAGGCUGGGUCCUUGAGAAAGGAGGAGUCCAUGCUGGUGGGAAAGACAGAGCCUCUGAUCUGUGGAAAAGGGGCAUCUGAGACCGGGGUAAGGGUAGACUGCUCAGCUCCAAGGAAGGAGGAAUCUGGGUCCUUGGGAACAGUAGACACAGCAUGUUCCAGCAAAGUGGAUAUAGUGCCCCCAGGAGGGGAAAAUGUUGGGUCUUUAAGAAAGGUAGAGACUAUAGCCUCAGGCAAAAUGGAUCCAAGAAAGGAGAACCUCAUGUAUUCCAGAAGAGAGUACCCUGGAUCCACAGGAGAGGGAGAUCUUGUGUCUCCGAGGGGAAAUGAUAUGAAACCCCCAGAUAAGGCAGACCCUGGGUUCUCUGGAGAGCUACCCCCAGGAUCAUCAGGCAAGACAGAACACGUAUCCUCAGUCGCCGUUGCUCCCGUGACCUCUGAAAAUGUGAACCCUGCAUCCUCGGGGAUAACAGAUCCUGUAGCUUCGGGGGAUACAAAAACGUUGUCCUCAGGCAAAGGGGACCCCCGGUUUCUUGGGAAGAAAGAGCCUGUGUCCUCAGGAGAGAGUGGGCCUGUGUCUGUGAGAAUGGCAGGACCAGUGUCUGCGGGACAGCCGGAAGGUAUGGUUCCAGCAAAGAAAGAGCCCACAUCUGCAAACAGCACAGGACCUUCAGGCAGAGUGGACUCUGCUUCCUUAAGAAAUUCGGAACUUGUGUCCCCAGUGAAACCAGAACACUUGUCUUCUGGGCAGGCAGAACGUGUGUCCUUGGUGAAAACAGAGACCUUAUUCUCAGGAAAAGAAGAUCCAAGGUCUUCUGGAAGGGAAACGACGGUCACAGGAAAAACAUUUCAAAAGGGCAAUCCCGAGUCUUCAGGAAAAACAGACCCUGUGUCUUCUUUUAGUUCAGGAGAUGCCAGGUCUCUGGGGACAUUGGAGUCCCUGUCUGCUGCAAAAGCUGAAACAGUGACUGAAGGAAAAGGAGACCCACAGUCCUCGGAGAAGGCAAGUCCCACAGCCUCAGAAAAGGCUGAUCCCCUGGCUUUACGCAAGGAGAGCCCUGCAAGCCAGGGAAAGGCAGAAACUGUUCCCUCUGGAGAAGUGGGCUCCACGACUUUAGGGAAAACGGCCUCAACGAGUUCAGGAAAAACAGCUUCGGUGUCCCCAGGGAAGGUGGAUCUCACCGCCUCAGAAAGAGCCGAAGGCGAGCUGAGAGCCCCAGAGAAAGGGAAUCCUGGGAACUCCACACGGGUGGACACCACAGAGCCCAAAUGUGGGGUCAAAGUGGUGACCCAGCUUCCAGAUGCCACAUCCCCAGGAAAGGUGGAAGCUCCGUCUUUGCAAAAAGAGCAGCCACAACUGUCUGAGAAGACUGAUCCCUCCGGAAAAGUCGACCCCACGGCGUCUGUGGAGCCUGUGUCCCUGGGGAAGGCUGACUCUGCAUCUCCAUCUCCUAGAAAAGCAGAGUCUCAGACUUCGGCAAAGACUGUCCCUCAGGCUCCAGACAAGGCCGCGUCCGCUUCCAGGCAAUCAGAUGGUACACCCUACAGCUCAGCCCAGCCCCGGAGAGAUACCAGGAGCAUCGGGGCCCUGCCAGAGCCGGAGCCCUCUGCCAGCACCAGCCAGAAAGACCUAGCCGCAGUGGCAGCUCAGAAGAGCCCCAGCGCGGAGGGUGCAGCGCCCCCGCCAGGGCCACGGACUCGCGACAACUUCACCAAGGCGCCGUCGUGGGACGCGGGAGCGCCACCGCCGCGCGAGGACGCGGGCACGCAGGCUGGCGCGCAGGCCUGCGUCUCGGUGGCGGUGAGCCCCAUGUCUCCGCAGGACGGCGCGGUCGGCCCGGCCUUCAGCUUCCAGGCGGCGACGCGCGCGCCCAGCCCCGCGCCCAGGCCGCCAUCGCGCCGGGACGCGGGCCUGCAAGUGUCGCUGGGAGCCGCCGAGACGCGUUCGGUGGCUACGGGGCCCAUGACUCCGCAGGCCGCAGCGCCGCCCGCCGCGCCUCCUGUCUUCCCCGAGGUGCGGGUGCGGCCAGGCUCGGUGUUGGCCGCCGCCAUGGCGCCCCAGGAGGCUGCCGAACCGGUGCGCGACGUGAGCUGGGACGAAAAGGGCAUGACGUGGGAAGUGUACGGUGCCUCCAUGGAGGUGGAGGUGCUGGGCAUGGCCAUCCAGAAGCAUUUGGAGCGUCAGAUCGAGGAGCACGGCCGCCAAGGGGCGCCGGCGCCGCCGCCCGCCGUCCGUGCGGGCCCAGGCCGUGCAGGCUCCGUCCGCACCGCGCCAGCGGAGGGCGCCGCUAAGCGCCCGCCCGGCCUCUUCCGGCUGCUGCAGAGUGUGCGCCGGCCGCGGUGCUGCUCGCGGGCGGGACCCACAGCCGAGUGAUCUGUUCCCGUUUUGUAGGCCCGGGUUUCCAACCUUCUCAGGCUCCCAUUCUUGAUGUCUGGCCCUUGAAAGCUAUGUCCCACCCCUAAGUGCGUCACGCCUCCGA